UCUCCAAACUAAAUAAUGAAUUUAAGAAACAGAUAGUUGUUAUUGGUUUUCUUAUCUAUUCUUCUUCAAGUUAGAUGAUGUUAAGAUAGUGUAUCUGCUUAUAAAACAUAUUGGCACAUCUCUGUUAGGCAUAUUGCCAUAGCUCUCGGGAGUUACUUACCUGUGUGGUGGAUGUACGUAAAGGUCUUAGGCUAUUGCCUGAAGAUGCCAAUUGCAAACAUACCUGGCUUCAAGCCAUCAGCAUCUAUACAUACGUAUGUACUGUAUACUGUUAGCCUAUGAUGCAACAACCUUUAAGGUUAAGCUACAUGUAUAGGUAAAAAGGUAGCCUGUAGAAGUAGAUAGGUAUAAUCUUGAAGAGAUCAGUUUGUGUGAUUUGUUCGUACUAGCUAGAACUAUAUAGAUUGUAGUUAUUCAAUAGACAGUCAAGACAACUCAGUGGAUAUAUAAGUCUAUAAUAUCUGGUGCUUAUCAAAUAUGGAGAUAAUAUCAUGAGUAUUAUGGCCAAUUGUUUUAAUGUUACACAUAUUUUGUACUGAUAAACUGUGCGUCUGUGUACUUUAGGACUAUUGUAUCCUUCUAUCGACUUCAAACAUGCCUAAAGAUCCGUUACUGGGUUCAGGAUACCUGGACUAUAACCAGUCGUUGACACUGUGGUCCACGAAUAUGGAGUUAGAAACAGGAAUAAAAUGUGAACCGAACAGUCCACUAGGACUUAGUCGGUGUUCACAACACUCUUUAGAUGACAAUUUUGAUCGUGAUGUGUUUGGGGAUUAUGCAGCACACGAUGACUAUGGCUCGGACAGAUCGUAUCAAGGUGAUAGCGGGGAUAGCGGAAAUAUAUCACCAUGUAGUGUGGAAAAUAACAAAAUGGACUUCUGUACAAGUACGUUGGUGUCAGACACAGAACUAUUGGAUGGGACUAAACGUGUUUGUUUAGUAUGUGGAGAUAUAGCAUCAGGUUAUCAUUAUGGUGUUUCAUCUUGUGAAGCUUGUAAAGCCUUCUUUAAAAGAACUAUACAAGGUAAUAUUGAAUACUCCUGCCCAGCAAGUGGUGAAUGUGAAAUCACGAAACGAAGACGUAAAGCCUGCCAGGCUUGCCGAUUCCAAAAAUGUUUACGAGUCGGAAUGCUUAGGGAAGGUGUUCGUCUUGACAGAGUUCGUGGUGGUCGUCAGAAGUACAAGCGAGGUAUUGACUGCCAGCCUGUCUUGCAUCCCGUUUACCCAAUCAAAAAACCCUGUGUAGAAUCUGAAAAUAAAGUUCUGUCCACUCUCAUGACAUUAGAGUCUCAGUUAGACAAGUUGUUUGCCUCUCCAGAUCCUAAUGCUCCAGAAAGUGAGGUGAAGUUCAAGGCAGCUGUAUCUGAUCUCGCAGAUCGAGAAUUGGUCAUCACAAUAAGCUGGGCCAAACAAGUUCCUGGUUUCACCAGUUUAAAUUUAAGUGAUCAGAUGAACUUGCUACAACACUCGUGGCUAGAAGUUCUAUGUUUAAAUCUUGUCUUUAGAUCCUGUCCAUACAGUGGCUACCUGUGUUUUGCUGAAGAUUUAAAAGUUAGUAAUGACUUGGUGAAAACGUACAACGUCCCACCAGAGUUUGAUAAUUUGACAAGGAAGUUGUGUAAGAAGUUCACCCUACUAGGAGUUAGUAAAGAGGAAUAUGUCUUGCUCAAAGCCAUCACACUGUGUAAUAUAGAUGUAGUAGCAGAAGUUACCGACACAGUCCGCUGUUUACAAGACAAGCUCCAAGAUUCCUUAAUGGAGAAUAUACGACAACGUCAUGGGGGAGACAUGAGACGUCUGGGACAGUUAUACCUUCUGCUACCCCCAAUCACACACAUCAAACUUCUCGCCAAACAGUUCUGGUUCGACAUGAAAAAGGAAGGCCGCGUCAUGAUGCAUAAAUUGUUUUUAGAAAUGCUUGAAGCUGAUUCUUGAGAAUGGCUCAAAAAGCCAGAUUCUGGCUUGCGUUUUUUUUCAGAAUUUGUUCCGUGCUAGGUAGAUAAAGUUGUAUUGUUAUACUAGGUCAUUGUUUGAAAUCUGUUGAAUUAUUACAAGGAGAGACCGAGAUAAAGAAUCAGGUACUGCAUGACCAUAGCUCUAGAUAUUUUGUGGACUUGAAGUUGUUUUACUAAAAUAAAGAGACAAGAUUGACUCAAAAUGAUGGCCUAUUGGUGAAUAUACACCAGGAAGGUGUUAAUGAAAGGUGUUGUUGUGAUGAAGACCAAGAAGAGCAAUCUAAUGUUAUUUUAUUUUACAGUUUGAUAAGCUUACAAAUAGAUUUACCAAGUUUUUUUGUUUGUGACUUAUAUUAAUUAGGAACAAGUAGGUUUGAUAAUAAAAAAAAAAUUUAAAUACAGAGAAAAAAUAUGGAAGACUUCUAAGAAAGACUUUCUAAAAGAAGGCUGCAUUUCAAUGCAAUUCCUGAAGCAAAAGUGUUCAGGAAAAAAUUUCAAAAAUUGAAAAAAGUUCUUUAAAGUGUGCUCGUGACCCAUGCUUAUGUUAAAUUAGACGUAGAAUAUACCGGUUUCAUUAUCACACAAGCGGGUAUAUAUUGACUUCAUUCAUUUGAUGGUGACGUCAAUCAUGUGAUUCUGGUAACACAGAAUAAACGAAUGAAUGUGAUGUUAAUUGUUGAUUUAAAGAGGCAGCCUGAAUGAAUGAAGGAAAUAUAUGUUUGUUUGUUUGGUAAUAUUACAGGUGGUAGUAACCAGAAUAUUGUUGAUCAUUCCUAACCCAUCGCGAUGUGGUUUUAAUUAUUUCUGUUAGUAUUUUUUAAUGUAUAGUUGAGAUUGUUUUCCCUUAUUUUAAUAUUUGUUAAACAUACAAUUAUUAAUAAAUGUUUUUUUUCUUCUUUUUUAUAAGUCAAAUUUCCCACUUAAGCUAGGUCUACAUAUACAUAUAGCUGUUUAUUUAUUCAGAAGGAAAUAAGCAAUUUGGCAUCUCUUCUGUGUUUUGAAACUUUUGACAUUAUAUAUACCUUGGACCACCUAUCUCAGGAAAUAAAUUCCGAGAUAUACUUUUAAGAAUUCCAUGAUACAUAAAAUCUCAUUGAAAACGGAGUGAUGGUCGUGUUUGUUUCCUUCUGGUUCAAUAAACAAUGUCACUUCCAAAAGCAAACCCAUUUGUAUUAAGGCAGCAUUAUAUAUACACUUCAUGUUAUACACAUAUAUUUUAAAAGCACAUAAACAUUUAGUGAGUCUCAACCAUUUCCAUCUGGGUUUUACCUCGUUUUUAAUAGUUUAACAAUCAGAACAAAUAUAUAUUUAAUACAGCCCAAUAAAUCAUUUGAUAACUUUUUUUUAUAGAACAAAUCAAAAUACGGGUUCCAAAUUUUGAUCAAAUUGUUUUACUUAGAUGACAGAUCUGGAUUAUUAAGCUAAAUAACAUGAACAUUUGUUCUGUGUCUUUCUGAAUCAUUUGUUUUGAUGCUUCAGAAAAAUUUGUCUGAUGCUUCUAAAACAUUUGUUCCUUUGCUUCUUAAAUAUAUGUUUCCAUGCUUCAGAAAAAUUUGUGCUUUCUGAGCUUGAUACUUUUGUUACAUUUGGUAUGAUGCAACAGAUGUUUUAUAUGUUCUGAUGCCAGUAAAACAUUUGUUCUGAUGCCAGUAAAACAUUUGGUAUGAUGCUUUUGAAACAUUUGUUCUGAUGCUUUUGACAAAGUUGUGUUGGCACUUUUGUGACAUUGCUCCUGGCGGGCCUCCAUAAUUUUAUUUGUUCCUUAAAGCAUUGGUAUUUAGGAUUCUGAAAUAUUUCACUUGAUGCUUCUGAUGCACUUUGUAUUUUUCUGAUUCUUCUUGAAAACUUGUGUGAUACAAUUGUUAUUUUGUCAUUAUAUGUAACAUUUGUUCUGAUACACCAUUACAUAUGUGCUUAAUGAUUUUGUUGUGAAUAACAUGCACAUGGAUUUGUUUCUCAACAGAUGUUCAAACCUUUAAGUAAAUUUAUGAAAAAAUAGUUUGAAAUGAAAUGUAAUAAAGAUUUAUCAUUGAUUCUGUGGCUGUUUAAAUUAUAGUACUGACAAAUAGAUAAAUAACACAUCCACAAUUUUCAGACCACCUACUUUCUCUUCAAUUCCUCAUUAUCCACAUUUAUUACAUAGAGCAUGUUCUAUUAGGUUAUCUUAUGUUAUAAAAUGUGCUUAUAUUAUUUAGAGACUGCAGCAUAUGAUAUGAUGUAUGAUUUAGGGUCUUUGUUGCUUUAUAUGCUUAUUAUUUUAUUAUUAUAAGUGAUGUUUCUCUCCAGUUAUUGUUAUAUAUUUAAGUAGUGGAUUAUUUAACCAAACAUCAUUAUGUGGGUUUAUGUUGCAUUUCUAGGAAAACAUAUUUUUGUUUGUUUUAUGUGUGGAUUCUAUAUUAUUAUUAUAUAACUUUUUUGUGUUAAUAUAUAUAAGAUGAAAGAGAAGUUUGUAUUAAAUGUUUAUCUACAUCUAGUUUUAUCAAAUGUCCAUGUUUUUGGUUCCUUUAAUUAGAUUUUUUGGAUAUUAGACAUUGUUGAAUUUUCAAAUUUUAAUGUAAAUAGAAUACAUAUACACUGUAGUUUUUUACUCACAGUCUGUUAGUUCAAGAUUAGAUGUUAAACUAUUUGUUAGAUGAAAUUAUCAUACCUCUUAAAUUCAAAAAAAUGUAUAUUAGCAAUAGAAUGUGCUUGAUUUAUUACGUGGACAUUAUUAGUAUGGGUUAAAUAUUCUAUUUUUACCAGUCAGUGAUUAUCUAUCUCUCUCUCUCUCCUGUCAUACAAAACUUCACAGAAUGUGGUCAAAAGUCAUAAAAAAGUUUAAUGUUACAUAUGAAUGAAUGUGUGUAAAAAAUUAAUCUAGGUUCUAAAAUAGUAACACUGCCAAAAAUAGGAGCAUUAAAGCUAAAUUUAGUUGGUAAUUUAUAUCUUAAGAUUUGGUUUAAGUGGACAAUUGAGUGAUUUUAUUGUCUGUAAUUUCAGACAUUAAAAAUUUCUAAGUUGCUUGCGGCAGAUUUAUAAUAUUAUAUAAAUGGCUUGUCAUAAAUGGAAAGUAACCAUUACCUUUUUGUCGAAUAUAGUUUAGAAAACAAAUGGUUGAAGAUAAUUCAUUUAAAACCUUGAACUAGAUUAGAAGUCACUUAUGACUCAUGCUGUUUUCACGACCAACACCAUCAUGUGGAAAUUUCCAAAUUGUUGAGAAUUCAGUUAUAUGUAAAAUUAAGUUAAUUGUUACUUGAUUAUUUCUUUAUCAUAUUUGUUUUUUAACAAUGAAAGUUUUCGGCCAGUAAGUCAAGAUUUUUGUAGAACUGUAAAUAGUUUCGGUCACUUGCUGACGAAUUUUAAUCUUUUUCUAAAAAAAAAAAUGAAACAGAAUGAAAAUGUGCAGAAAAAAAAAAGAAUUGUUGAUAUUUUAUAUGAAUCUUUUUUGAAUUAAGAUUAGUUAUUAUGAUUGAAUCUUUUUAAAAUGCUAUGCAUGAUGAAAUGAAUUGUUACUCUCUUAAAUGUUAGAUAUUUUUUACAUGUUACUUUUUUUCCCUAGUUCUGUUAUGUUGGUUGGUCUACAUCGAGAACUUGUUAGUUUGUCCAAAAAUUGAGUCAAGAUUUUCAGUCAGAAUUAUAGUGAAGCUUAAAUCACUAUCAGAACCAAUUUAAAGGACUUCAUUUAUAUUGACAGAUCUGUGUGGAGUAACUUAAGAUAUAUGGAAUAUGUUAUAAUAUCUAUUCUAGACAUAAACUUAUAUAGAGUUGUGAAACUUAUUUAUUAUUUCAAGCCCCAUCUUCUGAAACUCAGGAAUUGUCUUUCUUCAGUGAGUGCUGUUGUCAGGAAUCUGGAAGUUGCUGACAGCAGAACUAACACCAGCUUAUCAAGGCAGGUAAUUUGGCUGGUUUCAGACAAUGGCAUACUAAAAAUCUCCCCCCAAAACAUUCCUUUACCCAAAAGUGUGAUGAUAUAAGUAUUUAGUAUAUACCCUAGAUAUGAUAAUACAAAUGUAUAUGAUGGUUAUAAUAAAUUAAAUAUAUAGAUAUUAUUUAUGAUGUAAGUAACGCUCUAUCUUAAACCCAGAUAAUAACAUAAUCAGCUUACCAUAUAUAUAUAUAUAUAAGAAAGAUCGCUCAAUUUAUUUAUUUAUACUACCAAUUAGCUGUAUUAAACAUAUAAAAACUGAACUAGCAUUACUGUAUACUGUUCUUUAUAACCAACAUCACAAUAGCAGUAGGGCUCUGUGAAAUAUUUGGAAAAGGAUUUAAUAUUUAUAAUGAUCAUGGAAUAGUACCCAGAAAUUUUAGGAAAAAUGGAAUGUUCAAAACUUAACCUUACUAUCUAAAUAUUUCUGACUUACUGCUACCUUCCCACCUAAAAAAAAAAAAAUAGUAUAAAUGAAAUUAACCAAAGUAUAUCUUAAAAUGGCUCUUGUCUUGCAUUUAAUUGCAUUAUAUUCAUACAUUAAAAUUCAUAAUGACACGACUAUUGUCUUCCUAGAAUGUAUAUCAUCAGUGAAUUCUAAUUUAUUGCCAAUGUUACACAUCUUGAAAGCCAAACAAAACUAUUCAUCUUACUAUAGAAAAUGCUAUGAAAUAGAUUGCAAAAGCAUUUAAAUUAAGCAUUUAUGUUAAAAUCUAUAAUAACACUAGACUGCUUUUAAACAAUGGGCAUAUUGUAUAAGAAAAGUUAAAUGUAUACACGUUUUGUUAAGUUAUGUCACAGAACAUGUUCUUUUGAAAAAUAAGAAAAAAACGAAAAAUUUUUCAAAGCUCAAAAUAUUUAUUCACAAAGUAUUAUUCGGUUGGAUUCAAUGUAAUAUGGAGUUUAUCAUUUAAGUAAAUAAAAUGAUUUUAGUGAUACAUUUUGUUUAAAUCAAACCAAAAGCAAAUUUAUUUAUAUAUAGAAUAUAUAUACAUAUUAUACAUAUAUAUUAAUAAUCAUAAUAUUCAUCUUUAAAAGGACUAGAUAUAUACAUAAUAUAGUCACAUACUAUACAAUAUUUUGUUUUAAUUUUGGAGUAAAUAGAUAUUUGUUUUAUAGGUGUCUUUAGCUCUUGUGUAAAUGAAUGCUGAUGAAAAGUUGUGAGUGGACUGGUUACAAAUUUAUUGUUUCAAUGGCAUUUAGUAAUUGAACUGGAAUAUACAGGUCACAAUGCUAUAGAAUACAAUUACUGCUUAUUACUGAAUGAUUUUUCGACUAGGCUUCUCUCUAGUCAAAACAUCGCUCAGUAAUAAGCAAUAAUUGUAUUCCAUACAAUUGUGACGUGUACAUUACAUAUUGAUUUAGUUUUAAAAAAUUAAUGCAUUAAGGUGACUACAUUUUGUAUUGGGUAGAUACAUAGUGUAUCAUUGAAUUCAUAUAGUGUGUAUUUGCCUGGUUACAUUAUAAAUUGAGCCUAAAUACUUUAUGUAUGUUGUUGAUACAUUGUGUAAUGUAAUGAGGUCUGAAUGCAUUGUGUAUUAAGGCUUAAUUCAUACAUAGUGUAUCAUUGCUUUGAUAUAGUUUAAGUUGAUACUUGCUAGAGUGCAUUAUGAAUGGAACUUUUUAUUACAUUGUGUAUUGUGUUGAUGCAUUGUGUAUCAUUGAAUUCAUGUAUUUAUUGAUUGGAUACAUUUUGAAUUCAAUUUAAUACAUAAUGAAUUAAAUCUAAUGCAUAGUAAAAAUCUAUAGAUUGUGUGCUUAGUUUUAUGUAUUUAGUUUACUGUAUGAUGUAUUACUGUUAUUUUAGUACACCUGCAUUAUGUAUUAGUUUUAGUUCUCUUUGUACUUGAAAUACUACUUACUGUUAACUAACUUAUGUAUUGAGUUCAAUAAUUUAUUCAUAUCAAUUAAAUACAUAAUCUAUUGAAAUUAAAACUGUAAAUUACUGUGUUAAAACAUUGAAUAUUUCAAAUCAUUGAAUCAUGAAUAGAGAUUCAUUGAAACCAUUAUGCAAAUAGUUGUUGUAAUGUAUCAUAUGUAUAAUUACUGCCUAUAAUUAAUACAUUGGUUAAUUGAUUGACUGUUUCAAUUAUGUAAAUUAUAAUGUACAUAUCCCCAGUAUUGCUUUUGAUUGUGAAUUGGAUUUUGUACUUAUUAUUAGUAUGCUUGUAGCAUUAAGGUCCCUGGAAAGAUCUCUUAGUAGAUUAUUACUUACAAUUGUAAUUCUACAACAUUGUAGUUUUAAUAGUACCAUCAUAAUAAAUGAUUACAAAUUACUAUCUGUAAAUAGUAACACUAAUAGUUAGUAUGAGGUCUAAAGCACCAUAACAUUACCUAGUAAUCUAUGUAGGCAUCAGUGUGAUGCUCAGAGCUUUACUGGGAAUAUAUAUUAGUUAAUAAACAUGUACUAUAGUGUUUUCUAAUUCUAAUCAAUCCACUGAGCAGUCAAUGUGUUACUCAUUCUUGACACUUAUUCAGAUUGUUAAUGUAAAUACCAUUCAUGAUAUGUGGAACGAUCCUAUUAUUAUGUGUAUAUAUUCUAUUGAUAUAAGCAUAUAAUAUAAAAGCAUUGCUCAGUUGGUUACACUUUUAUAUUAUAUUUUAGUAGCAUAAUCCGAGUGAAUAGUAUAGCAUUCAUUUUACUAUGUGGUUUGAAUCUUACAUUUAGUUCAGGCUUCAUAUUCAUGGUUUAGUAUAAGCAUAGCGGAUUUAGGGGGCUUUUCUUUAAACAUUUGACAAGCUAACGUAGUUCAUUUAUGAUCGAUUGAAUCAAUUGACAUCAAGGCAUUCAAAUGAUCAAUCAAUGAAUUAGCGCUACUAGUGUGAGAUUUUGUUGAUAACUAUAGUGUUUUUAUCCUCCAAAUGCUAUAUUAAACAUCUAUAGAUCAUACCCAAUGGAAUACCAUUAUUGAAACAUCAUAUUGUCAUCAGUGAAUAGGUUAUAAAAUACAAAGACCUACAUAAACACAUCUACUUGUUUAGUUCAUGUCUCUAAAAACAAUAUCAUCGUACAUCAAAGUUGUAUUAUAAGCAACUUCUGGGUGAUUACCAUGAAUAUGAAGUCCAGUUCAUUAUUAUUAUAUAUAAGUAUUAAUUUCCCGUAUGUGUGUUGUGCCUUUCAGUUGUAGUAGGCAUUUUGCCACAUUAAUAAUAUUAGUGUUAAAUCGUAAUAAUGUGUGCGUUCAUUCGGCCUUAUUUUGGCAAUGUAGAGUAUUUUCCAAGGCGUUUCUUCAUAUUAACGAUCCUUAUUUUAGAUGUUGAUUUCUUGUUAUUAAGUAUUUAUCGAAUGUUCUCUGAAAGGAUAUGACUGGUUUCUUGAGUGUAUAUAGCAAUAAAUGAUGAAACAUA